UCAAAGACAGCACAUGGUGAUGGAUGCAUUGUGCUGACUUAUAUAGUCAUCAAUCCUUUGUGAAUUGUGACUACAUAUUAAGUAUUAACAGCGUAGAAACCUUCCUGUUCGGCCAGCUUCAGUGUCCUCAUCCGUGUAACCACAAUUUUAAACAUUAAGAUCUGAACUCUGAUUCCAUAGUCAUGGCUGAAAAGGUUACCAUCAUGAAGCUUAAGGUUGACCUUGAGUGUGAGAAAUGCACCAAGAAGGUGAAGAAAGUUCUCUGCAAGAUUCCUCAAAUUCGAGACCAGAAGUUCGACGAGAAACAAAACAUUGUGACAAUCACAGUUGUAUGUUGUUCCCCUGAGAAGAUAAGGGACAAGCUUUGCUACAAAGGUGGGGGUUCCAUCAAGACAAUUGAAAUAGUGGAACCGCCCAAGCCCAAGCCCGCUGAGCCCGAGAAGAAGAAGGAUGGUGGUGAGAAGCCCAAGCCCGCUGAGCCCGAGAAAAAGAAGGAUGGUGGUGAGAAACCCAAACCCAAGCCUGCUGCUGAGCCCGAGAAAAAGAAAGAGGGAGGAGAAAAGCCUAAAUCGGAUGCUCCCAAGAAGGAAGCUGCUGAAAAGCCCAAGGAAAAGCCCGCACCUCCUCCGGUUGCCGUGAAUCCACCGGCGCCAGCGCCGAUGGUGGGUCCAGUUGGGAUAUAUUCUGUUCCAUGCUAUGAGGGUAGGCCAGUUGGGCCCUACUACAAUGAUUAUGGUGGGCCCGUGCUUCAUUACGAUGGCUACAAUGCAAGGCCCGUUUAUGAUAGUUACGGUGGAGGCAGACCCUAUUAUGUGAACCGAUCUGAUCAAUAUUUCAGCGAAGAAAACGCUUCAGGGUGCACAAUUAUGUGAUCACAUGCACACCACUGAUUUGGAUCUGUAAAUGGUGGCCAUGCACGUUAAUCUCAUCCAAGGAACUAUGUUAUUUUAUUUUAUUUUUUGUUUAUGUUAUUAAAAUCUUAAGCGUUUCAUAGGAAAGAAAAAUGAAAUGUGGGGAAAUAAAAGGUUAUUUAGUGGGUUGGGUUAAAUGCCAAUACAUAAUACUAAGAUCGAUGUUUCACUUUACGUUUGGUAAGAUAAUAAAGUUUCUUUACGGCAAGA